AUGUUGCUGCUUAUCAUAGUUGUUACGUUUCUCGCUCUCCCACUCGGAUUCAUUAUUUGGUCGGCUCAAACCUUAGCCACCAACCGUGCCAAAGCCCGCGCAAUAGGUCUGCCCUACUUCAUUCGCUAUAUAUCGCCCAUGGACCCCAUCUGGCUUCUCUAUGGUAGUUCCAUUGUGCGACUCUGUCAACGACUUGGAAUUGCAUCCGAGAACUUCACGCGCAUCUAUUCUCACGGCUGGGAAGCCAAUGAGCGAGCCCAAAUCUUUGUUGAUUACGGCGAUGCAUUUCUGGUUGUUCAUCCGGCGGGUAUACAACUCUGUGUUGCGGAUGCUAAAAUCAUCUACGAGGUUCUGACGAGGAAAUCGGAGUUCAGGAGGAAUAUGGAGGAGAUGGCUGUUUUGGAUGUUUAUGGACGGAAUUUGUCGACGGCGGAUGAUGCAGAGUGGCAAGCUCAUCGGAAGAUGACGACGGUGACUUUUACGGAAAAGAAUAAUGAACUAGUUUGGGAACAGUCAUUAGCUCAGGCGAAAGGAAUGUUGGAGUACUGGACUGAACAGGCGAAACAACCGGUUCGAUCGACACAUUUGGAUACCAAGAACUUUACGCUCAAUGUUCUUGCAGCUGCAAUGUUUAACGAAGUGUACCCAUUUGAAGGUCAUGAGGUUGAGAAGCUAGAUUCUCAUAAGAAUAAUAAGUCAUAUCAGUAUCGAGAAUCUCUAUCCACGAUUCUAUCAUCCAUCAUCCAAAUUUUCAUUUUCGGAGAAGAAGGUCUAAAAGCCUGGUGGACACCUCAUUCAUCCAAAAAUGUAGCCAGAGCGAUGGAUGACUUCCGCUCCUAUAUUUUUAGUUUGAUGGAUAAAGAGAAAGAGCAUCUUGCACGUGGAGAAACUGUGAACAAGCACCUAGUAGCGCGUCUAGUGAAAGCUCGCGAGGAGGGUGAAGAACUGGAUGCAGAUGAUACGAUCACGGACAAAACUUGGGACAAAGGAAGAAAGAUGACACUUACGAAAAAGGAGAUCUUAAGUAAUCUUUUCGUCUAUGCUUUUGCUGGUAAUGAUACAACAGCUAUUGCGCUCACCAGCUUACUUAUUCAUCUUGCUGCAAAUCCCGAUACCCAAGAUUGGAUUUCUGAGGAGAUAAACUAUUAUCUACCCACAGAUGUGAAUAUGGAGUCCUGGAAAUAUGAAAUAUACUUUCAGUUAAAGCGCUGUAGAGCUGUUAUUUUCGAAACCCUCCGUAUUUGUCACCCCAUAUCUCAACUUGUAAAAACUACUGGUCCACACGAACAAACUCUCGAAGUUAAUGGUCAAAAAUACGUCCUCCCGCCGCAUACUACUGUCCACUGUUCUAUACCCGCUCUUCAUGCGCAUCCAAAAUACUGGGGUUCCGAUCCUCUUGCCUGGAACCCCAGCCGGUUUAUCAGCAUGUCGUCUACCUCCACUUCCACUGAAAAACAUAGCACGCAAGAUUUUGACAAGGAAAAGGUUGAAGGGGAUACCUCAAAUCAUUUCAUGCCUUUUGCAUGGGGUCAACGAGUGUGUCCUGGUAAGAAAUUUGCGCAGGUAGAACUUGUUGCUGUAUUAGCUGCAUUGUUCAAAGACUGGAGAGUCGAGGUUGUCCCGAGGGAUGGAGAGACUGAUGAGCAGGCAAGAGAGAGGGCAUGGAACAGUAGUCUGGUGGUUGAUCAUGAGAGACAUAUGUUGCAUGAAAUGCUUGACCCGGAGAGUGUGGGAUUGAGAUGGGUUAGGAAAUAA